GACGCCGAUUCAUUUCAGACGAGCAGCCAACACGCCUUGGCGAUGGCGGCGGCGCCCCUGCCGCCUGGCCUCCCCGCGCCCAGGGGCAACAGCACCGACUGGAUGACUUCAGGACUGGCGACGCCACCGGGAACAGGAUCUCCAAUCGUGCAGCCAGCGCUGAGACUUGAGGGCGUGGACAGCUCUGAGCCGCCGCAGGAGGACGAUAUGGGCAUGGAAGGCGGUGACACCGACCUGACGCAGGACCUGGAGGCGGCACAUUUGACACCAAACGCCCAGGCCCCUCCGCCAGUGGCACCUCAGUUACCACCUCGGCAGACACAGGUGCAGAGGACGUUCGACUUCGAUCCCGACGCUCAACUGCGGGAGACUUACGUCAAGCUCAUCGAGGAUGCAGCGCUCGCCUCAUUCGACGUUCUCGCGGUACGCCGGGCUCGAGGUCUCGACUUCACCCCUCCGUCUUUUGAUGCGCUGCUCCAGGCCACAACUGCAGCGCCGCUACGCGCGCUCCUGUAUAGUGUCGCUUUCGACCCUGAUGCACACGAUGCAUACGAGCGCCUCGGGCUGGCUCGUGUGGAAGACAGGGUCACGUUGGGCAUCGAGCUCCUGUCCGUCGGCACCGCGAAGUGCCUCGACAGGGAGGCGCAGGAUCAGAUAGACGGGUGGCGACGGAGACUCCAGGAGGCUGCUGCGUCGUGUGCGUUGGACCUGCCUGACGCCUUGGCGGCUCGGCGAGCAAUCAAGGGCGAGCCCAAGUCCUUGGACGCCUGUGGGGAGGUCGACGUGGAUUUCACACGAUACUUGCACGACACUUUGGACGCAGCCCAUUCUACUGCGGUGCUGGCGCUCCACAUGAGCAACAUCCUCCGCACCGACCUCGCGCAGUUCCCCUGCGCUGCGACAGUCUCCGACACACGACAUUUGCAGGCGCAGCUGUGCGGAGCUCAGGACGCCAUCGAACAGCUCUUCAGGCAGCUGUCGUCCUCGCACUUGGUGACAUGGGCCCCGAGCAACCUUGGCCAAGUGCAGAAGGUGGCACUCGCGUGGCGCAGCACGACAGGCGGAAGGCAGUCACUCGAGCAGCUUUCUCUCAGGAUCCUGCCGGGCUGCCAGACCGCCAGCCAGGUCGACGACUUGUGGGACCGCCCAUUGCUGCAUCCCAAAUGGCGAGAUGUGGUCAAGGAGAUUCGAUACCUCACGCCACCCGUGUCGAUGGUCAUUACCAGCAGAACAGCCCCAGUGCACCAGCAGCGGCACAUCGCUAUCAUUAUUUUAGGGUCUCCAGCUGCUCCGGCGCAGCUUCUGCUGGAACAGUGGCGUCCGGCUUCCUAUGAGCACCAGUCGCAGCUCGUCUGGGACCCCGCGGCGAUGCUUCUGGAUGCUACGUCCCCGAAGGCUGCCCUCCACUACCAGGAGCUCUACAAGGACGCGUUGGUGUUGUCGGCGAAGUUGCUCCUGAUUUCCACGCGGGCCGAUAGCGCCCGACCCGACGUGCACACCGGCGAGCGCAUCCGAAACCGACAGUCACGGGACGGCCCAGAGACAUACGCGCAGGUCACAGCGACGGCCUCGCAGCUCAACGCAGCCAGGGCACGCGGUGGCCAUGCAGCUGCCCCAGGGAACCCAGCGAAGCCAGUGUCGUUGCAGGCAACGGUCCACAUUCCACUAGGUACGACUGGCCCUCCGGAGGACUGGCUUCCGGCAGCUCUGAGUCGGGCCACUGCGCAACAGGGGCUACCCACAUUACGGCGUGCUGACGACGACUCUGUCCUCGGGAUGCACGAGUUGUGCCCAAUCCGCGAUGCAGAGGGCGGGUGGAUGGGGAAGAUCGUGAUCCAGCUCGCCGCCGAAGCCGAAGUCAGAAAGCUCCAUGAGGCUAUCCAUGGAAUGCGCCUGGCCGUCAACGGGCACGACGCUUCCGUCGAGGCGGGUGUUGACUAG